GGUGUUCUUUUCCGGCAAGAACAGCAGCCGAAACCCGGAAGUUAUAUCGAGGUGAAAACUUGGGGUUCUGUUAUUUUUCUACCGUCAAACUCGAUGAAUUAAAAAAUGUCACGAUUAUACGUUUCGAAAUUAUGUUCUUUAUUAAAAAAUACUAAAUCGUCAGAAGUAUUAUUGAGUCGAUUGCAAUGUAAAGUCGAUGAUCGGUUCAACGAUGCGGUAUGCCGCAACUGUUUGAGAAGUUAUACCCAAUGUUCCUUGCAAUUGACAUCUCGGAUUUAUCCGAUGUACAAAUGCUUGGACAGAAUAUUUUCAAAAUAUUCUGUAACGCUUUCGACGACUGUGACAGAAAAAUACAGGAAUUGUGACAGUAGAUCUAAAAGAAGACAAUACAAGUAUCUUGGAUUUCUUUUAAGCGGUCUUGGUCUUGUAGUGGCUCUUUGUGACGCUCAAAAUUUUAAAGAAAAAAGAUUCUUCCGUGCUGCUCAGUAUGGUAAUAUUUCAGAACUGAGAAAAGCUAUAGCAGAUGGCAUUGAUGUGAAUGUCAGACAUCCAUUAGGUUGGACAGCUUUACAUACUGCUGCUAUAAAUCAAAAACCUGAUGUUAUUAAAAUUUUGUUGGAGAGUGGUGCUGAUGUGAAUGCAGAAGAUAGAUUUGUGAACGUGCACAGGACCGCUAUAGAAAAGGGCUUACAUUCUUUGGAUGUUCUAAUGAAGAGAGAAGAAGAGUUUUCCGAAAUAUUAAACAAUAAAGCUACUUUUCAAGGUUUUACCGCAUUGCAUUAUGCUGUUUUAGCUGAUUCAGAAAUAUGUGUACAGACAUUGUUAGACGGAGGUGCAAAUCCAACUGUGGAAAACGAAGCAGGACAUCGAGCGGUUGAGUAUGCAAAAGAAGGAAAAAUCAAGGAAAUGCUCAUUAAACAUGCUAUAAAAUAUGAUGAACUAGUAAGAGAAAAAGAAGCAGAGGAACGUAGGAGAUUUCCAUUGGAGCAACGUUUGAAACAACACAUUGUAGGACAAGAGGGACCAAUUUCUAUUGUUGCUUCUACUAUUAGGAGGAAAGAAAAUGGUUGGAUAGAUGACGAACAUCCACUAGUAUUUCUUUUCUUGGGUUCAUCGGGCAUCGGUAAAACAGAAUUAGCCAAGCAACUAGCUGCUUAUAUUCAUAAAAAUAAAGCGGACACUUUCAUCCGGCUCGAUAUGUCUGAAUAUCAGGAGAAACAUGAGGUUGCGAAAUUAAUUGGAGCACCACCGGGAUAUGUAGGACAUGAUGAUGGUGGACAACUGACAAAACGUUUAAGAAAAUGUCCUUCGGCUGUUGUACUAUUCGAUGAAGUUGAUAAAGCUCAUCCCGAUGUCUUAACUGUUUUGCUACAACUUUUCGACGAGGGAAGAUUGACUGAUGGCAAAGGGAAAACAAUUGAAUGUAAAAAGGCUAUUUUUAUAAUGACGUCAAAUUUAGGAAGCGAAGUCAUUGCGGAACAUGCAAUGCAACUCAGAGCGGAAGCUGAGAGAUUAUUAAGUCACAGAUUAGACAAACAAUCUUCUGACGAUCAAGAACCGGAACGUAUCGAGAUAUCUCGUAACUUCAAGGAUCAAGUGGUACGUCCGAUAUUGAAAGCUCAUUUUCGUAGAGACGAAUUUUUGGGAAGAAUAAAUGAAAUUGUGUACUUUCUACCCUUUUCUCGAGCAGAGCUAAUUAGAUUAGUUGCUCGAGAACUUGAAUCAUGGGCUUUGCGCGCAAAAGAAAGACACAUGAUUGAGCUGAAGUGGGACAGAGAAGUUAUGUCGGUAUUGGCGGAUGGUUAUGAUGCUCAUUACGGUGCUCGUUCUAUAAAAUACGAAGUAGAAAGACGUGUUGUCAACCAAUUAGCAGCAGCUCAUGAACGAGGACAAAUUGGUAAAGAAUGUUGUGUGCUGUUAAAAGUCAAAUGGCAUGACAAUGGUGCAAGUAUUAUCCUCUCUGUUCGGCAGAAAAAUUCAAGAAACUUUGUCGAUAUUCUGGAAACAGACACUGUUACGAAAAAUGUUAGUUCAACAUUUUUAUUUUAACUAAGGAAUAGGUAUAUAAAAUUGUCAAGUGUUAAUUUAUAUAUUUUGCGAAAGUGGAGUUAGACUUCUGUUUUGUGAAGUACGAAAAGUAUUCGAAUGUUAUAAGAGUUUUAUCUAUAACAUCCUUACAUUUCAUGUACGCAGACAAACGUAUAUAAAUUCUUUAUGUAAACUUUAUGCAAACAUACACAUACACGCACACACAAAAGAGAACAUUCUCAAACUAUCGACUAAUAAGUAGUUAGUACGUAACACGUACGAAAAUGUAUAUACUUUUAAUUUAAAAUACUUUAAAAAGAAAAAGAACCAAAGAGCCUGGUCCAAAUUGGUAGAAUGUGUACACAGUUACUGAAGAUGAUCAUUAAUAAAAUUUGAUCGAAAUGUCA